AUGCCGCCUCCAAAGACCAUCUUCACGUCUUACGAGCGGAAUGCCCUCAAAGAUAGGUGGGGCUCGCAGGCAACACGUCUCACUCGUGACUCUUUUCUACCGUUUGGCUCAUGCCAGCUAUGUCUCCUUCCUUCAGUAGACCCAGUAUGCUGUUCACAGGGCGAUUUAUUCUGCCGCGAGUGUGCCAUGACCAAUCUUUUGGCUCAACGGAAAGAAAUGAAAAGGCUAGAAAAAAUCAACGAACGCCAAAAGCUAGAGGAUGAGGAUCUAAAGCUUCGAGAAGAAGAGGAAGCGCGGUUGCGGGCAGUCGAGGAAUUCGAGGCUGUUCAGAUGGGGCUUUCCGUCAAAGCAGGCGCAUCAGCAAGAGUCAUUGGAAGGCAGGGCGGCAAGAUCAUAGUAGAAGAGGAGCAGGAUGCAAAGGCUGGAGAGACCAGAGGCACGAAACGUAAAUUCGAAAUCGACGAAGAAGAGCUCAAGCGCAUCGCAGACGAAGAGCAAAGCAAGGCGAAACGUACAUUAGACGCCGAACGUAAAGCAGCAAAGGGUCAUUUACCCAGCUUCUGGGUCCCAGGCGAGACCCCCGAUCAACACCACACAAGCGCGGAGAAGGCGAGGCAGACACCUAUAUGCCCGUCUAGCCACCCUGACCAACCGCACAGCCUGUCGUUAAAAAGCCUGACGAGCGUCAACUUCCGCGAAGAGAAGUCAGCCGAUACCGGAAAGUCUGUCCGCACAUGUCCCAGCUGCCAGAAAGCGCUCUCGAAUAGCACAAAAGCCAUGCUAGCUAUACCAUGCGGCCACGUCCUCUGCAAGCCAUGUGUUGACAAGUUUCUCAAGCCAGAACAUCGCCAUCAGAGAGAUGCACACGACGACGGACCUGACCCGGAGACUGUACACUGUUAUGUUUGUGAUGCGGAUCUCACUACAGUCCCGGACGCUAAGGAUGGCAAGAAGAAGAAGAAGGACAAAGAAAAGGAGAAGGCGCCCAGACCUGGACUUGUGGAGAUCCGGAGUGAGGGUACUGGAUUUGCAAGUGGUGGAAAGGCCAUGGUAAAGAGAGAAGGCGUUGCGUUCCAAGUAUAG